GGUUCGCAUCCAGGGAUUUCAUACACGCCCUCCCUCCCGCUUAUUGGGGUGCCCUUUCGUGUGGGGGUACGGGCCAGCCUGCAGGCCACGAGCCACUUUGACACGGAUAGUAAUGGGCGAUCCACGGAGAGCGGGAAAGAAAGGCUGCUGUGGACCUGGAGCACGGAUUCCGUGGCAGGAAAUCAGACACUAGGAAAUGCAAUAGGAAUUUGAACGGGGGGGGGGGGUUCCAGUUAGAGGAAGUGGGACGAAGAAGUAAUCUCAGAAGCUUUCAUUUUCUUUAUUAAAUCUUCCCUAUGGACUUAGAGUAGCUGGACCCAGUUUUUCAGGGUCAAGAGUCAGUAGCUUCUUGUACCCCCCAAACUGUCCGCUAUGAAGAUUGCACGAUCUCUUGCGCAUCGUGGCCAGCUGCAAAUGAGAUUUGUUCCUGAAGCUCAUGAGAAUCUCAACAUUUUUUGGAGAAUGAGGUGGCAUGCUUUCGACUUUCUUGAUACAACUCACGAGCAUUUCUGGAAACUUUGACCUUGAAGAUGGUGAGUAGCCAGCCAAAGUACGAUCUAAUACGGGAGGUAGGCCGAGGCAGUUACGGUGUUGUGUAUGAAGCAGUCAUCAGAAAGACCUCUGCACGGGUGGCAGUGAAGAAGAUUCGAUGCCAUGCGCCUGAAAAUGUUGAAUUAGCCCUGCGUGAGUUCUGGGCCCUAAGCAGUAUCAAGAGCCAACAUCCAAAUGUGAUUCACUUGGAGGAAUGCAUCUUACAAAAAGAUGGGAUGGUGCAAAAAAUGUCCCAUGGCUCUAAUUCUUCCCUUUAUUUACAGCUUGUAGAGACUUCAUUAAAAGGAGAAAUUGCCUUUGAUCCCAGAAGCGCCUAUUACUUGUGGUUUGUGAUGGAUUUUUGUGACGGCGGAGAUAUGAAUGAGUAUCUGUUGUCCAGGAAACCCAAUCGUAAAACUAACACCAGCUUUAUGCUUCAGCUGAGCAGUGCUCUGGCUUUCUUGCAUAAAAACCAGAUCAUCCACCGAGAUCUUAAGCCUGAUAACAUCCUGAUUUCUCAAAGCAGGUUGGAUACCAGUGACUUGGAACCCACACUGAAAGUGGCCGAUUUUGGUCUCAGUAAAGUUUGUUCAGCCUCUGGGCAGAACCCAGAAGAACCUGUCAGUGUAAACAAGUGUUUCCUUUCCACAGCGUGUGGAACAGAUUUCUACAUGGCACCUGAAGUGUGGGAGGGACAUUACACAGCAAAAGCUGACAUCUUUGCUCUGGGGAUUAUCAUCUGGGCAAUGCUGGAAAGGAUCACAUUCAUAGACACAGAGACAAAGAAGGAACUCUUAGGGAGUUAUGUAAAACAAGGAACUGAGAUUGUGCCCGUUGGAGAGGCGCUUCUGGAAAAUCCCAAAAUGGAACUUCUCAUUCCUGUGAAGAAAAAGUCUAUGAAUGGGCGAAUGAAACAACUGAUUAAGGAAAUGCUGGCUGCAAACCCUCAGGAUCGCCCAGAUGCUUUUGAACUAGAACUCAGAUUAGUACAAAUUGCAUUUAAAGAUAGCAGCUGGGAAACGUGACACAUACAUUGUUUGCAAAUAUCUCGGAUGGUAUGCUGCUUAUGUUUUCACAGUGAUGCAACAACAUAAUGUGGCUGAAAAAGAAUAUAAAAAGCUAAACUCCACCUUCUAAGGGUUUAGAUUUUAUUGUGGGGUGUUUUUUUUCAUUUUUCUUAAGUCCAAGCUGGCCAUUUUGUUAGUAUGUUUUAAGUGUGUAUUACCAAUGUGGGUGUACAUUUUUUAAA